AUGACAUCGACGGGGAAGGACGGCGGCGGGGCGCAGCACGCGCAGUAUGUGGGGCCCUACCGGCUGGAGAAGACGCUGGGCAAGGGGCAGACAGGCCUUGUGAAGCUGGGGAUUCACUGUGUCACGUGCCAGAAGGUGGCCAUCAAAAUCGUCAAUCGGGAGAAGCUCAGUGAGUCCGUGUUGAUGAAGGUGGAGCGGGAGAUCGCUAUCCUGAAGCUCAUCGAACACCCCCACGUCCUCAAGCUGCACGACGUCUAUGAAAACAAAAAAUAUUUAUACCUGGUGCUAGAACAUGUGUCUGGUGGGGAGCUCUUUGACUACCUGGUCAAAAAGGGGAGGCUGACCCCCAAAGAGGCCCGCAAGUUUUUCCGGCAGAUCAUCUCAGCGCUGGAUUUCUGCCACAGCCACUCCAUCUGCCACAGGGAUCUGAAACCAGAAAAUCUCCUGCUGGACGAGAAGAACAACAUCCGGAUCGCGGACUUCGGCAUGGCGUCCCUGCAGGUGGGGGACAGCCUCCUGGAGACCAGCUGCGGGUCCCCCCACUAUGCCUGCCCCGAGGUGAUCCGGGGAGAAAAGUACGACGGGCGCAAGGCGGACGUGUGGAGCUGCGGGGUGAUCCUGUUCGCGCUGCUGGUGGGGGCGCUGCCCUUCGACGACGACAACCUGCGGCAGCUGCUGGAGAAGGUGAAGCGGGGAGUGUUCCACAUGCCGCACUUCAUCCCGCCCGACUGCCAGAGCCUGCUGCGCGGCAUGAUCGAGGUGGACGCGGCGCGGCGCCUGACGCUAGAGCACAUUCAGAAACACAUAUGGUAUAUAGGGGGCAAGAACGAGCCUGAGCCAGAGCAGCCCAUCCCCCGAAAGGUGCAGAUCCGCUCGCUGCCCAGCCUGGAGGACAUUGACCCCGAUGUGCUGGACAGCAUGCACUCGCUGGGCUGCUUCCGAGACCGCAACAAGCUGCUGCAGGACCUGCUGUCUGAGGAGGAGAACCAGGAGAAGAUGAUCUAUUUCCUCCUCCUGGACCGGAAAGAAAGGUACCCCAGCCACGAGGAUGAGGACCUGCCCCCCAGGAACGAAAUAGACCCUCCCCGGAAGCGCGUGGACUCCCCAAUGCUGAACCGGCACGGCAAGCGGCGGCCUGAACGCAAGUCCAUGGAGGUGCUCAGCGUGACAGACGGCGGCUCUCCGGUGCCUGCUCGGCGCGCCAUUGAGAUGGCCCAGCACAGCCAGAGGUCCCGGUCCAUCAGCGGCGCCUCCUCAGGCCUCUCCACCAGCCCGCUCAGCAGCCCCCGGGUGACCCCUCACCCCUCUCCAAGGGGCAGUCCCCUCCCUACCCCCAAGGGGACGCCGGUGCACACGCCCAAGGAAAGCCCGGCCGGCACACCCAACCCCACACCGCCGUCCAGCCCCAGCGUCGGAGGGGUGCCCUGGAGGACAAGGCUCAACUCCAUCAAGAACAGCUUCCUAGGCUCACCUCGCUUCCACCGCCGGAAACUGCAGGUCCCGACGCCAGAGGAGAUGUCCAACCUGACCCCGGAGUCCUCCCCAGAGCUGGCCAAGAAGUCCUGGUUCGGGAACUUCAUCAGCCUCGAGAAGGAGGAGCAGAUCUUCCUGGUCAUCAAGGACAAGCCCCUGAGCUCCAUCAAAGCCGACAUCGUUCAUGCCUUCCUGUCGAUUCCCAGUCUCAGCCACAGCGUCAUCUCCCAGACCAGCUUCCGGGCCGAGUACAAGGCGACCGGGGGCCCGGCGGUGUUCCAGAAGCCCGUCAAGUUCCAGGUGGACAUCACCUACAGCGAGGGCGGGGCGGCCCAGAAGGAGAACGGCAUCUACUCCGUCACGUUCACGCUUCUGUCAGGCCCGAGCCGCCGCUUCAAGAGGGUCGUGGAGACCAUUCAGACGCAGCUGCUGAGCACACACGACCAGCCCUCCACCCAGCACUUGUCAGACACCACUAACUGUGUGGAGAUGAUGACGGGGAGGCUUUCCAAGUGUGACGAGAAGAACGGGCAGGCGGCCCAGGCCCCCAGCAUGCCCGCCAAGCGGAGUGCCCACAGUCCACUCGGUGACUCGGCGGCCGCUGGCCCUGGCCCUGGAGGGGAUGCCGAGUACCCAACGGGCAAGGAUACGGCCAAGACGGGGCCACCCGCCGCCCGCCACGAGCAGCCUUAG